AAACUCGGAACCGGGUUGCGCUACGAAGAGUCGACGCGGCAAGUCUUCGCUACGGCUGCGGGACGACUCCACAAUUUUCACCGCGUCUACUACGUAUUACAGGACCUCCAACGCUACCGUCCGGCACUCGAAGACCGCGUCGUCGGGAUUGUGGAAGAUCGUGUUGGCAGCGACGGUGCCGGAGGUGACAUCUACCGAGUCAACCUCGGGGCCGCACAUCCGGCACUGCUCAGUAGUCUCAGCUUUGAAGGCGCCAGCAAACGCAACAAGCCACACCUGCAACCGGGACAGCUGCUGUACGCGCGGGUCGCGGCACUGCACACUUCGGGAGCCUUGGAUCCGGAAUUGUCCUGCGUACUGGGACCCCAUGAUCAAGGCGUCCCUAGAAGGGACUGGAUGACCAACGAAGGAUGCUACGGAGAACUUAAAGGCGGCAAAACGUGUCGCGUGUCGACCGGUCUUGCACGGGAAUUACUACAGCCAGACAAUGUUGUCUUGGCCGAGCUUUCCAAAGCCAAAUUGUCCUUUGAAGUUGCUGUAGGGGUCAACGGAUUCUUGUGGAUCCACAGCCAUUCGCCAGAAUACACCAUUCUCAUACAGAACGCGAUACAAAAUUCUGCCGUAUUGACGGAAGAACAAGUCCGGGGGAUGGUACGAUCACUCGUCUAUACCGUUAACAAGCAAUUGCAACAAGAACGGGAUGCAUCCAAUGACAGCGAUUGA